AUGAGCACAGAGGAUGCUGGCAAGGGGACCUCUCCCACCCCAUCUCUCCUUGGGCUUCUGGUUUCAGCCACUGAGCUGGUCCCACCCAUGACCACAUCCCCUGAGAAGGCAGACCCACUGCCCAUCAUCAUCGCGCUCGUCUGCAUCUUCCUCCUCCUGGCCACCUGCCUCAUCAUUGUCACCCUCUGCAAGCCACAGGCACUGCACCAGUCCCAUUCGGGGCCCCGUGAGUUCAUGCCCCAUCACCCAGUGGAUGCCAGUGAGCCCCAGCUGAGGCUCUGGAAGCGACUGGGCUCCUUGCGAUGCUCCGUCAACGCCUUCAGGAGGAGCAGGCAGGCCUCUCACAGCCAGCCCACCUGCACCAAGAGCCCCCCUGCCAGCCAGGACUGGGACAUCAUGGAGUCCACCAAAAUGUAA